AUGUCUUUCCACUUUCCAUCCGUACCAGUUGACUGCAAUGUCGAUUUUGAUUCGAGCGCGUUGGCAGGCAAAACGGCAGUUGUGACUGGAGGCGCGUCUGGGCUCGGUUUGGCAUUCGUCAAAGCCUUGGUCAAGGCAGGUGUCUCGGUAUGCUUUGGGGAUCUCAACGCUUCAGAAGGGCAGAAGCUGGAGAAGGAGUUGCCCAACACCAAGUUUGUUCAGUGUGAUGUAACAAAGUGGGACGACCAAGUCCGCUUGUUCGCGGCUGCAGCGGCUUUUUCACCUUCGAAGAAAAUCCAUUUCGUCGUGCCAAACGCUGGGAUAUCCACAACAGAUGACGUCUUUUCAUAUGAAGCUAUUGAUGCCGGCCCAUCAAAGCCGGAUCUUAAGGCAAUCGACGUCAAUCUGGUUGCGGUGAUGUACUCGGCGAAGCUUGCAUUCCAUUAUUUCGUGAAGCAAAACGGAACCGAGGCGGCCCCAACGCCUAUAGACACUUGCUUGGUCCUGAUUGGAUCUGUCGCUGCGUUCUUGGACGUUCCUCGAUGUCCAGUAUACUCUGCUACGAAGUGGGCUCAGCGUGGCAUCAUGCAUGCCCUCCGACGAACAACGUAUCAUUACGGAUCCCGCGUCAACACGAUUUGUCCCUGGGCCAUCCGAACCAACAUUCUUCCCAAAGAAAUGUUCGAUCGAGUGGAAGGCUUGGGUGUGGCGCUUGCCGAGGCAGACGAUGCUGGACAAUGUCUGUUGCGGAUUCUGAGCGAUCGACAGAUCAACGGUCGUUCGUUGUUUGUCUCUCCUCGGAAAUGGGCUCCUCGGGGCUAUUUGGAUCUGGAUAUGGAGGGCUUGCCGAGUGCGUUGACAGAGGAGAUUCAGGAGGAACAGGUGAAGUUCGGCCCGCCAUCAUUGGGACUCUUCCUAGGUUAG